AUGGAGAACGGACGUGUAGACUUGAGCUCUGAAGAAUUGGCCGAAUCUUUAUUACGUUUUGUGGAAAAUGAUGAUUCUAGUCAUUGUGAAUUGAAUGUAGAAAGCUCCUUAAAUGCUGUAAACAGUUUGUACAGCUAUAUCUGCUAUAAGAAGAAUAAGCUUAAAUGGGCUGGUUCGUUGGAAGAUCUGAAAGCCGUCGUGCUUACUGUAGUGGACGAACAAACAGCUGAAACUACAACCUGGCGAUCGCCUAGCGGUGGUACGUGGAAAUUCGACAGUAACGCACUGUGUGUUACCUGGCAAACAAAGAGUCAGAAUAUUUAUUUUGAGGGCGAAAACGGCAAGGAAGUGACCAAAAGGAUAAUUUCGCACUUAAACCAAGGCGUGCACGUUUCGUUGAAAGCUUAUUCUCUCGAAGGUAAAGCUACCGAAACAGAACCGAGAGUGACUGAACUUAUAUCGGACAGUUGUUGCCAAAAUUACAAGCAAUUGAACGAAGACUGCAGGGAAAUCACUAUAGAGAAUGGAGAUGUCGUGAAUGAAAACGCUGAUAUCUCUUCUGUUGAAUACCGUGGGAAAACCGAUGUAACUAUGGCAUCCACUCGCUGCAUAAACACAAGUUCACAGGUAAUCGUUAAUAAAUCCUCUGGUGCCCUCCAUAACGAGGUAAGCGAAAUUAAAUUUAAUUGGAUCAACACGUUCACGAAACAAGAACGGAAUUCCAACAAAUUAAAGAGAACUUCGAUUAUCAACUUGAUCAGCUAAGGAAAUCAUAUAGCUUGCCCGGAAAAAAAGAUGCAAAGUGUUGUCGGACUAGUUCAGACGAAAACGCUAGACUAAGACAAGAAAAUGCUCAGCUUAAGGAGGAAAAUAACACCCUGAAGGAGAAAUUUAACAAUUACUCCCUCGAUUACUCCUGUACUAUAUCGGACUUAAAAACCAAAAUAGAAAAUAUUGAAAACGAAAAACUGAGUUUGAUCACGGCUAUAAAGCUGCUACAAGAUGACAAUAAUUCUAGAUCAGCGAAUAAUAAACAGUCAACAUGUAGUACUUGGCAGGUUCACUCUAAACCAAGUUCACGCAAAAUUCCUGCUACUCACGUACAAAACAAACCGUUUACCCCCACUGUGAUAAAUAAUCAACCACGGGAAGUAACAACGUCAGAAAAUAGAUUCGAACUAUUAUCGCAUACUAUAGAUAACGACGAAAAAUUCAACACCGUUGAAAGUUCAAAUGAGUCUAACACUCCUUCGGUAAUAAAGCAAAAUUGCCCAAGGGAGGAUCUUAGUAAACGUAGCAAUCAACAAAGGGGUAAUCAAUCAACCAAACCCAACAAGGAUAAAGCAAAGUUUAAGGAUAGAAAUCGCCCAGAUAAUAACACAGGUGAAAAGUCUGGUAAACUCGCAUUUAUUGCAGGGGACUCUAUUCUGCAACAUGUGCAUGGCUGGGAAUUGUCCAGCGACGAACAACGUGUGUCAGUAAAAGCCUUCUCAGGAAGUAGAGUAGAAGACAUGCAGGACUAUAUAAAACCCCUGAUACGCAAAAAGCCUGACACAAUGAUAUUGCACGUUGGUACUAAUGACAUUAAAGACGACACCAAGUCAGCAGAGGUAGUUGCAGCGGGAAUAUUAAAUUUAG